ACGGAAUUUAGCCUCAAACUUUGACAGCUGAGCGGGAAGAAGAACAAGAGAGCUAAGAAGCGAAAAAGAGAGGGAAAGCAAAAGGAACGUUUGGGAUUGUGUUUGUUGAAGCGUUGUUGUAUCAAAUAAAGCUGGUCGAGGCGAUUUUUGGUGUGUCGCGCGCUUGUGGUAAACAAAUUCUUCUGAACCUCGAACCUCGCGAUGGGGCCGAACAAAAUCACGCAGGAGGAUCAGCAGUUCAACAUAAGCUUUGUGGGCGAAGUGAAAAAGCAUAUGUGUUUAUUCGAUAGCAACAGUUCCGAGUACAAACAAGCCGCGAUGCAGGACAAAGCUUGGUCAGCCGUGUCCGCGGCAGUGGACGAAUCGGUUGAUACUUGCAAAAAGCGUUGGCGCAACCUGCGAUGCUGUAUGACCCGCUACCUGAAGUCGCUGCGGGACAACAACGAAGUAACGUCCCCUUUCCGCCGGAAGCCGUACUAUCUUUAUCAACACAUGCAGUUCGUUCUGCCGUACCUGAAAGUCAAGGAUGAACCAGCCAGCAAUUCGUUCGAGGCGGACGACUCCAACUGGAGCAAACCGAACUCGUCGGCCGUCCCGGUGACCCUCAUCAAGAACAACGACGGAGAGGAGACGGAGGAGGAACCGCCAGAGAUAGAAACGAUCGACGUGGAAGAGGACCACCACCAGCUGAAGCAGAGCAUCAUCCAAUCCAUCAAGAUCCUAGGACAAGAAACGCAAACCCAUCCAGCGCACGAGCGGAACGAUCCCAUUCCGGAAGAGGCAGCUACGGCGACUACGACCACCACGACGUAUGAAAUCAUAGCUGCCCCACCUCCCAGCAAGCAAGCAAGGCUCUCGAAUGCCCAACCGAUUGCCGGUUCCGCGAGUCCGACCGACAUCGGUGUGCAAACGGGCGUUGACACGAAAAAGGAUUUAAUGCUCCAACGACAGUUCUACACCCUAACGGGAAACACAGCCGCAGCGACGUCCGCCCUGCCGAUGUUCACGUCCACCCCGUUAGCCCACCAACCGCAGGCGACCGCCUUCGCCCAGCCGGCUCCGGGACAGCUACAGCCACAGACCGCACAGCAGACCUUUGCCCUCAUACAAACGCCCCCGACGGUGGCGAACGAUGCGGAUCACAACUUCUUCCAGAGUCUCGUCCCCGACAUUCAGUCCAUGACGAUGGAGCAAAAGCGGAAGCUCAAGAUCGGAAUUUUACAACUAAUCGACACGAUUCUCAAUUCGUAGAAGCGGCAUGGCAACUUAUACUAUUAUUUACAGUGAAUUUUAAGUUAGGCAAUCGGGGACAGACAGACCGUAGGAGCCGAUUUCGGGCUGUAAACGUUGCAUGCAGCAGAGGAAAACUACAUCCAACAGCUGUAGCCCUUGUAAUAAGCCCUCCACAUAGGCUUGUGCAAUGUCACCAUCUUUAAGCCCUUCUUCACACUGAGAGCUCGCCGGGAAAACGAAGUGAAAGUUAUUUUGAUUUGUCUGUAAGCAUUAUAAAAACGUGUAAACUGCAGCUUCAGAGUUGCAUCAUUACCUUUAAUUGCAAAUAUAUUAUUUCGUCAUUUU